AUGUCUAUUCCACCUGCCAAACGUCCCAGACAUUCCGAUGAUCCCUCGUCAAGUAGCAGUACGACACGUCAAGAUCCCCUCAUUACCCAAUUAACCGACGCUUUGAACACCCUACCUCCCGAUCAACUGCGAUACAUCGUCGCCAGUAUAUUACCAUCUCACCCAUACACCUUACAGGAUUUCCUCGCUCGAUAUCAAGCAUACUUGAAUUCGAUCGAGGAUCAGAGACGUAAAGCUCCUCCUAAGGAUUUCGAUUAUUUGUCUAAAUCAUGUUGGAAAGAACUAAACAUAACCCAUAGAAAAUUACGACCUUCGCAACAAUAUGGAAUCACGGGAGAGGUAGCUGGAGUGAUCCAAUCUGCUGUACGUGAAAUUACGAAGGGAUGUAGAGACUCGCCAAGAUCAGAAACGAAAUUAUCUGCUUUGGAGACUCUGAGGAAAAUCAGUAAAUCGAUUAUAUUAUGUGACGAAAGAGAAAUAAGAAAGGGAGUGAUGAAUGAUGAUCGGACGCCUGAUAGUCUCGCUCAUGCCAUGGUAGAAAUUCUAGACGGGAUGAAUGAAGAAGAGAUGGUCGGGCUGGAAGAGACCGAGACGCCUAAUGGGAUUAGAUGGUUAGUGGAAGAAUAUAACAAAUAUGCGAUAGAUUGUUUCGAUCAGGUCUUAGAUUCUUUAGAUGGUGAUGGAGAGGAAGAUGAGGAAGAUUAA